GGCAAGUUGUUGAUAAGAAGUGGAGCAACAUCGAUGCUUGGCAUUUGAAAGACGUGCAAUUGGUGAGUUGAUACUCGAUUCAUACGAUCGUCGAUCGACGUCGCGACGAUAGACGACGCAACAACAGCUAUAGCGACAUCAACAAGAUGAACUUCCUGCUGCGUUUCAUAAUAUUCUGCUGCGAUCCGCUGGGCCUGGGUCGUCGCUUCUUUGUGCGACCCGCAGUCAAUCUUACGCUCAAUGUGUACGAUCGCCUUCGCAGCAAAGCCGAUGAAAAGGUGGACACCUUAAGGGAGCUGGUGUUGCGCCUGGGACUGAUCGCAUUUGCUGUGGUGCUAAUUAUUUGGCUAGCCGUAUUCAUAUAUGCCGCCUUCUAUUAUGUCUACAUGCCACCAAUAUCGCAUACGCGACCCGUUCACAUGCAGUUCAAAACAUGCCUUGAGACAAGUACACCGUGUACCUUUCCACACGCUCAUGUCUCGCUGACGAAGAAGCAACAACUUCUGAUGGUGGGCCAGGCGUACAAGGUGAUUGUCAACAUCGAUAUGCCGGAGUCACCGCAAAAUUUGGAGCUGGGCAUGUUUAUGGUGUGCGCUGAGAUGCGUGACUAUGAUUCAAUGUUGCGCGGACAUUCGUGUCGCUCUGCAAUGAUGCGAUACCGUUCGCCAUUGGUACGCCUGUUUUCCACGUGGGCGCUGAGUCCGCUCUAUGUGCUUGGUUGGAAGGAGGAGUUCCAGAAGGUGCCCGUCGAGAUAUUCUCACGGUAUUUGGAGGAACGCCAGCAUCCCAUUACAGACGUCUAUGUCGAGAUACAAUCACAAAAGAUACAGUUCUACACGGUGACGUUGCACAUCGAGGCGGAUUUCUCUGGACUGCGCUACAUCAUGUUCAAUUGGCCGGUGCUCUCGGCCAUUGUGGCCAUUAGCACCAAUCUAUUCUUUAUAUUGGUCGUUUUUCUGCUCAGCUGGUACCACUGGUCCGAUGCCACCUGGCUCCGUAACAUGCAGAUCCGAUACGCCCGCUUCACCAAUCAGCUGCAGAGCCAAGCCAGCCGGGUGAUUGUCGACAGCACGAGCAGUUUGCGCGAUGAGGAUGAGUCCAGUUAUCACGACUCAUCGAUGGAUAUAAUUGACAUUUCCGAUGUUGGCGAAAGCAGCAGCACCGAUGAUCUCUUGUUGCUGGACAAGUCCACCAAUAGGGCACAUCAGGAGAAAACAUCAGAUGUCCAAUCGCUGCGUCAGCGAAAAGUGAAAGAUCAAGCGUCAUAACACACUCACACACACACUCUCUCUCAGCUUGGAGAUAACACACCCACACCUACAAAUAUACAUAAUCGCCACCGAUAGGCUCUUGUGCCAAAGACUAAUAGGUUUAGGAUUAAUGUAGUUCUUUGCUGCCUCAUGCGGCGGGAUCAGCAUGUACAGCAUUUCUAUAAAGUAUUUGCUUCAGUUUGGCAAUUUAUACAAUAAAUAUGAAAGGUAGUUAAUCUUGAAUGAUCACCGCAAUAAUCUGAAUUUAAUUUGCAAACAUGUUAACGAUUUUGAACCUUAGUGAAGCUUUCUUCGUUUUUAAAACCGUUGGCUUUUUAUGGGGGAAAACGUGUUUUGAUUAGGAGAUAAAAGGUAUUUUGUUGUUAAAAUUUAAAUUUGAAAUAUUUGAAGAUAAAUUUUUUUUCAAAGUAAAAUACUUAAAAACUAUGAUGUCAAUUAGGGAUGAUCGAACUGAUUAUUUGAUGAUAAUUCAUAUGCUCCAAAUACUUUUCCAAAUAUUCGAAACUUAUUGAUCCUGAUUCUGAACUAAUUAUAAGAUAAAGUAUACCGGGAAUUUACAAGUCGAAUUUUGUUUUUUAUUACAUUGUUCAACUAUCAAUUCGCUAUGAACUUUAAUAUGGAAAUUAUAUAUGUAAAUAGAUAAUUGUAAUUGAAACAUUACAUUAUUCAGAGGAUUUCUCAUCUUCAGGAUCCGAUUCCGAUGGCCAAAUCGAAUCGGUUGGCUCUGGCGAGUCCGAUUUAAGUUCAGUGCUCUCCUCCAUGGAUGCGUCAUCAGCUGCUCCAUCCUUAUCCUUUGACUGCGUCAAAAGCGGGCCACUAAAGUUGAAAUCUAGUAUCAAGAGUCCAAUCUCUUGAGCCGGGUAAUCAAUGAGAAAGGCGACAAUCAGUGCGAACAACACAAUGCACGCUAUCUCCUGCAGAUUGAUCUAUAGAACAUUAGAAAUUGAUGCGGCUCCUUGACACUCGCCGUAGUCCAGAGUACCACCACAUAGCUGGCCAAUUGCAGUGGGAUCUCUAGGCGUGACAGAAGCACCACUGGUCGAGCAAUAUGCGGAAAUCGUUGCACAAUGCUCUUAUCCAAUGGAGCAAUCAAAAUCAUCCAGCAAAUCGCCAGACCAAGUAUCAAGGGACUCCAGGCCAAGUAUGCAGCCGCAUCCGUUGACUUGUACACGUAUUUGCUCGUCAAACCGGCGGCCGGUGACCACAAGCACCAGGCGAGUGCUAGCACAGCGAGUGCCCAGCCGGCACGCUUGAAGCGUGUGGGUAUCCGAAAGACCCCGGACUCGCUGCGGAACAGGAGAGCCGCUCCAAUGCCCAAGAGAUAGCUGGUGGCUCGUGUUAUGGGCGAUGUGUAAAUCAGGUUCGCAGUUCGAUAGAAUUUGUUUACGCUGUAAAAAGUGAAGAGCAAAUGAGAUUUGCAUUCAAGUGUUAUCGACUGUGGGAUACUCGCUACUCAAAUUGACAGACUAACCCUGAAUAAGUUAAAAAUGGUAGCAAAUUAAAGAAUAUGCCAAACAGAAACAUCAACUGAUACAAACAUUUGUAUUUGAAUUCAUUUGGGUAAUUCUCUGAUGAAAAUGUUCCGCGCGCCACUAUUUAUAUGUAGAUCUUGAUUAGCACUUUAAUUUGAGUUAAGAAUGAUUUAUGAAUUAUUUUUCUGUUUUACAAUAAUUGCAGAAAUGAAUAAAUUGAAUCGUACGAAAAAUGAACGAAUUUAUAUAUUUUAUCGUAUAACGGAAAACGUUUCUAAAAUCAAGCUUAGCUCUAAAUAUAGUCCUAACC